GAAAAAAUGCCUGAACCAGCGAAGUCUGCGCCCAAGAAGGGCUCUAAGAAAGCCGUGACCAAGACGGCCAGCAAAGGGGGUAAGAAGAAGCGAAGGACUAGGAAAGAGAGCUACGCCAUCUACGUGUACAAGGUGCUGAAGCAGGUUCACCCUGACACCGGGAUCUCUUCCAAGGCCAUGAGCAUCAUGAACUCGUUCGUUAACGACAUUUUUGAGCGCAUCGCCUCCGAGGCCUCUCGUCUGGCUCACUACAACAAGCGCUCCACCAUCACCUCCAGGGAGAUUCAGACCGCUGUGCGGCUCCUGCUGCCCGGCGAGCUGGCCAAGCACGCCGUGUCUGAGGGCACCAAGGCGGUCACCAAGUACACCAGCUCCAAGUAAACUCUCCGCUGCGGAAGUAACACAAACCAAAGGCUCUUUUAAGAGCCACUCACAAUGUCUGAAGAGCGCUGAUCCUGACGUUUUAAUGUUCAUACUAUUAUAGUAAGAAAUUCAAAGACUGACAAACUUUGGAAUCUGCCAACUAAAGAUGAAGCAAAACUUUUAUUUCACCUUUUCAUGAAAUGGAUUUAGAAUGUCGUUAUGAAAUAUAUAUAUAUAUAUAUAUAAGUCUGAUGCCAUUUUAUGGUUUUUCUUGAGUCCUGUGGUAUUUUAGGUGUUUCUGUGUUUUUAUUACAUCCUGGAAUAAAUUUGACAGCUUAG